UGUUGCAUUUAUAAUUUUGGUCAGUGUACAUUUAACUUUAUUUAACCCUCUGGGGCCUGAGGGUGUUUUGGGGCCCUGGAGAAGUUUUGACAUGCCCUGACAUUUGUGCUUUUUUCAGUAUCUUAAAGCUGCAUAUUCAUGCGUCGUAAAAGUCAUUAGUAAUUUCUUAAACUGCCCCUUCUUCCACAAAAAUAGAAGUUGUCAUCAUUUAUUCACUCUCUUGUUGUUUCAAACCUGUUACAUUUUUUUAUUGUAGAAUGCAAAAAGGAGAGAUUUAGAAGAACAUUUCAAAUGUUUUUGUCCGUACAAUGAAAACAACAUUGGAUGCCACUGACUUUCAUUGUCAGGGCUUAAAGUAUUCCGGCACCGUGCCGGAUCUCGGGCGUGCGGCCGUGAGAGAAAAAAAUAAAUAAAUUUUAGAGCCUGCGCAUGCGGUUUAAUAUUUUCGAGCCAAUUUAUUUCACCUACCAAUCAUAUGAGAGGAACGCAGCUUUAACUAACGUUACAAGCCUAUCAGAAGCAGAGAAGGGUGGGUCCUUGCAACACAGUAUGAUUGACACCCAUACGUCAAUGUCACGUUAGUGUUGUCGGAGAAAAAAAAAUGGAGCGCAAGUUUAUGAAGCCUGGGGAUAAUGUCCUAGCAAUAGAUAAAGGACUCAAAAAUAAAUGGCGCUGGGCGUGGAUUGAAGAAAGUAGAGAUGGCGAGCCUUUUGGCAGUUGGUGCAAGAAACUCAGAGAGCCCGGGUGUAAGGCUUCGUCAGCAGACAGCUGUUGGUCUCCCCACCAGCAGGCGGCGCCCUGGUCUGCACAUUCCUAGUGGUCGGCUAGUGACUCAUCCUCUGAGCCAAAAGAGGGCAUCAUCACUUGGAACUGUCUUAAAAUCACCCAGUCAUUAGCCUCAUUUUCACCACCUGUUUCUAGCCCUACUUAAGUCUGCUUCUCACUUGCUGUGGUGUUCAGUCUUGAGCUCUGUUGCCUCAGUGUUUCUGUGAGUACUGUUUAACAAGAUUAGCUCAUUGUUUUUUGACCAUUGUGUCUCUUUGUUUUUUCCUGUUUGUUUUUGAUUGGAAGCUCUGCUUCUUGUUACUUUUGUUACUUGUGAAACAUCUUCAGUAAAGACACUAUUAUUUUUGAAACUGUGUAAAAAACUGGCAGAAGACAAAAAAGCGUUAACUAGCCUGUCGGUUUCAAAUCAACAUGAGAGUUACAUGAACACUCAUGGAAUUGCAUUACAGUUCAAAAAAUGUUUGUCUGAGAAGCUAAAAAAAUGCAUGUUCUCACUCAAUGUUGAUGAAGCAACAACCUUGAAUAUGGAUAAAAUACUCAAUGUGCUUGUUCGCUUUUUUGAUAAUGAAAGCAACAGAGUAAUAACACAACAUCGGGCAAGCAGAAAAGUCAACAUUGCAAAUGCCCCAAACCUUAUGCUGGAACUUAAAGAUGUCAUGCAGACUUAUGGUCUUGAGUGGAGACAAGUUACCAGCAUCCUCCUUGACAACUGUGCAGUCAUGAGAGGAAAAAAGUCUGGCCUUGAAACUCAAGCAAGGAAGGAGAACCCAUACCUCCUUGACGUAUCUGGAGACACCGUGCACAUGGUUUCCAAUGCUGCCCAGGCCCUCAUGAGUCCGUUCAGCACAGAAGUGGAAAAUUUCUGCUCCGAUGUCUAUUAUGAUAUUGAGAAGUCACCAAAAAAGAAGGAGAUUUUCUCAGAGUUUCAGAGUCUGCUCCAUCUUCCUUCCAAGAGCUUGACCAAUUAGCAACAGAUUUCUUCAGAUGCUGGAGGUGUGCACCAGGCUGAAUGAACUCAUGGAUGUACUGGUGGUGCAUUAUUACUAUGUGCUGGAUCCAAAUGAAGAACACAAAUACAGGCAUACUUUCAACAUUUCAGGGAUUUUUGAAAAAAAUGCGACAUGAAAAACCAAUGGCGCACUUGCUGCACGUGGAAAUGGUGGCCCUAGUUCGAGAGCUCCUCAGCAAAUUUAUGAAGCCGGAAGCCAUCCCACUGAGUGCAAAGGAUAUCAUCAAGGUUGAUGUCCGGAGUAAAGAUUUGCAACUAUCAGACAAAAGGUUGUCUGUUGGAAGAUACUGCUACUCUGCACUAAACAAGGCCUGUGUGGAGAGGAAGAUAUGGGUGAGAAACAUUUACAACUCUCUCAGAGAAGGAUACAUGAAGUCAUCAGAGUUCCUUCUCAAAAACCUUCCUCUGGACAACAAGAUAAUCACCUCACUUUCUGCACUCACUCCCUCUCUGAUUCAAGAUGACUCCAUCUGUGGGGCUUUUAUCACAUUAGGAGAGGCCUUGCCUAAUGUGGUCGCACCAGAAGAGAUUGGUCAACUAGAGGAAGAGAUACGGGCGUACCAAAUAGAGGUGGACCUGGUAACGUGUGCCCAGAACUACAUUGAAGAGGAAGGCCGAGUUGAUGUAGAUUGGUGGAGCAGAGUUGUAUCCAUGAAAAAUCCAGAGAGAGGUGUGAGAUUUCCCAUUCUGGGUCAGCUGGUCAAAACACUACUUAACAUUUUCACAGGCCCCCUGGUUGAGGGAUCAUUUAAUCUCAUGGAUGAUAUUCUUGAAGCAGACAGAUGCUCCAUGAAUGUGGAAACUUAUGAGAGCCUUGCAAUUGUAAAAUCCACGAUUAAAGCAAGGGAGUGGACAGCAUCGACAAUGACAAUAGACCAGCCAUUAAGGUGGUCUUGCCUGUCAUCGUAUCAAACAUAUCAAAAACAUCUGCAGAAAAAGAAUAUCGCUGGAUCAGCCAAAGCCUCCUCUAGACAAGCCAAACACUCAUCCUCCUCCACUGGACCAUCCAGACCCUCACCAACCUCCUCUGGACCAUCCAGACCCUCACCAACCUCCUCUGGACCAUCCAGACCCUCACCAACCUCCUCUGGACCAUCCAGACCCUCACCAACCUCCACUGGACCAGCCAGACCCUCACCAACCUCCACUGGACCAUCCAGACCCUCACCAACCUUCUCUGGACCAUCCAGACCCUUUUCAACCUCCUCUGGACCAGCCAGACCCUCAGCCUCCUCCUCUGGACCAUUCAGACCAUUUUCAAUCUCCUAUGGACCAGCCAAACUCUUUCUCCCUCCCUCUGGACCAGCCAAAGCCUCAUCUUCAUCCUCUGGACCAGCCAAAGCCUCAUCUUCAUCCUCUGGACCAGACAAAACCUCAUCCUCAUCCUCUGGACCAGACAAAACCUCUUCUUGA